AUGUUAGGAGCUAAACGUGUGGAAAAAGUGAGACAAAACAGGUCGGUGGUCCACAUUCUGCGUAGAUCCGCCUUUCAUCUUAAGUUAGCUUUGGUCAUCUGUGAAAAAUCAAAGGAAGAGCGUACCAAAAAAGCUGCUGAAAUCGAGGAACAGAUUGCAAAAAUUAAGGGCACUUUUUCAGAGACGCGCAUUAAAUUAAAUGAACUUUUGGACACAAAGGCUCAAGAAGCUGCACAGCAAAUCAAAGAUUACCUGAAGAGGAAUAGCGAGCGUGUAAUUACAUGGGAAGAGGACGAUUGUCCACAGCCUACUGGCUACUUGGACCUUUACUCAAAAGCUAGAAGCCUUGUCCUUGGAAGAAUCCGCGAACUUUUGGAGGAAUGGAACACCAAAACCAAUUUCUUCACAGAUGCACAGAGGGAGCUUAUUGGAAAGUUCCAUAUAGAGUUUAACAUUAUGGAUAACCAAGUCGCUUUUUUGGAAAGUCAGUUAAUCAGCAACGAUACGCUCGAAAUCGAGGACGCAAAACCCACAGGCUUAUGGAUCGUGAAAGACACUGCUACUUUUUCCACUGCUCAGAAAAUAUUGCUUGGUGUCACUUCUCCAAUUUGGAUUCCAAUAGGCCUUGUAGCUGCACUUUUCGUCAUCCCUGCUGGCCUUGGAAUAGCGCAUGUCAUCAAGACCAAUGCUUUUACAAAGUAUGGAAAAAACAAAGCAGAGUUUAUGAAUUGUUUUGCAAAAAAUGUACUUGAAUAUUUUUUAUCUGAAGAAAACCUGUCUAAAGAAGUGGCGCAGCAUUUGAAUUCUGCAGUUGCUACGAUGAAUAACUUACUCAGUGUUAUUCCCAAACUCCUACAUGAAGACGCUGUGAUCAUCAAACGGUUGCUUAGUGAGAAUAACACAGAUGAAUCAGAGUUGCAGCUGUAUAGAAAAUAUAUCCGUCGGAAUGAGGAGUUGGAGGGAUGUCUAGGGUUGCUGUACGUGACCAAAAUCCGGGAAAACAUCAAUGCAAAGACAGAAAUAAGUUGGAAUGCGCCCGCUUUUGCCACUGGCACGUUUGGCGAAGUUUGCGUCGUGACCCUUCUGUCGAGAAACAACGUCAAGGCAACAGCAAAGGUGAUGAAGCAGUUUGUAACAGCAGAGAACGUUUGUGAGGCCAUACAGAAUGAGGAAUGUUUGAGGAGACUUACCGGAACCCCACAUAUAGCCAACUUCAUAGGAAGCAGCGCCAAAAUCACAACAGGUGAAAAGAGGUAUCUUGUCACUUUAAUAGAGCAUUGCCCUACAACGCUGGCAGAUGUGAUAAAUCCCAAUGGCCGUGGAGAGGUUACAGAUAGAAACGAAGUUCGACUUGCUGAUGUGGGACUGACAAAACCGCAGUGUGACAUCACUGGUGCACAAUGUGAAACACUGGUUUACAUUUCACCAGAAAUUCUGAAGAAGGAAAAGUACGGGGCUCCUGCAGAUAUGUACACGGUUGGGGUCAUGCUUUGGGAAAUGUGGUACGGGAUGCGUGUCUACAAUCUGCAUCGCUUUGAAAACUUUAAAGGUCUAUCAGAUAUUUUGGAGGAUCCCAGGGACAAGUUUGCCCACCAUUUCCCAGACCCACUGCGCUGA